CAGGCGCAAUAGCUGGACUUCGCCUCCCGACAGUUGGGCGCUCGCUGGCGCUGCUGUGGGCGAUGGCUGCGGCGCGGGAGGCCGGCAAGAGGCUCGCCAUCGAAGGAAACAUUGCAGUGGGGAAGUCAACGUUUGUGAGAGUGCUCAGAAAAGCCUUUCCAGAAUGGUCCAUGACCUCGGAGCCAGUGUCCAAGUGGCAGAAAGUUCAAGCUGCUGGUCCCCACCAGGUCUCUCCAUCUCAGAGCUUUGCAAACCUGCUUCAAAUGAUGUAUCAGGAGCCCUCGCGGUGGUCCUACACGUUCCAGACUUACUCAUGCCUGAGUCGGCUGAAGGCACAGCUGGAGCCUCUUUCUGUCAAGCCCCUGAAGAUGUGGGACCACGUGCAGGUUUUUGAGAGAUCUAUAUACAGUGAUAGGUACGUCUUUGCCAAAAACCUGUUUGAGAUUGGCCACCUGGCAGAGAUUGAGUGGGCAAUUUACCAGGACUGGCACACUUUUCUCCAGCAAGCAUUCGGGGACCAGCUUGACAUCCAUGGCUUUCUUUAUCUACGGGCACCUCCAGAGAUCUGCAUGGAAAGAUUGCGCCACAGAGGGAGGCCUGAAGAGAAGGAGGUCCAGCUGCGCUACCUGGAGCAGCUUCACACUCAACAUGAACAUUGGCUCAUGGAGAAGAGCACAGAGAUUCAUUCUGAAAACAUAAGAAAUGCUCCAGUCUUGCUGCUUGAUGUCACAAAGGAUUUUGAGGAUGACACAAAUGAACAAGGGAGGCUUAUGUCCCAGGUGAAGACUUUUAUAAAGACUCUCUCAGGGGAGGCUUUCCCUUCUGCGUCUACUGCUGCCUCCUAGCCCAGGAUCUCACAGCAGGCUCCUCUGAGUGGAUGGCCACCAAGAGAAAGCAGUCCUUGAUGGUCAACUCCAUUGGGAGUUAACAGCUCGGGCAGGUCAGAGGUGCUUGCAAGAAUUGAAGUUCUCUCUGCGCAGUACUUGCAGGGAAAGAAGCCCUCUGGGCAGCAAAAUCCCAACCUAGUCUACAGAUAGAAAGUAGAAUUGCAACAGGUGAAAGAGAGGGAUGUUGGGGGCAAUUUCACUUGGGCUGGGUGAGCUCAGAAGCCACGCAGAGGCCUCUGUUUGGCCAAGUGAGAGAUCAGUCCUCUUGCCUGGAAAGGGCCUGGCAGGGUGCUCUGCCACGUGAGAGAGUGGUGGCCCAUUUAAUAGAUUUGGGCAGUGGUGCAUCUGCAUAAUUUUGUUGGUACUGGCUACCAGUGGCCAUGAUUCUGGACCUGCUCCCUCCCCAACUUCUGCUGCUGCAUUUUCUCAGGGUGGGGAGUCUCAAGUUGUUGAGUCUAUAUGUGUCCUCAAUUCCUGUGACAUGGCAUGAUAGCGGUAGACACCUUGGGCUCACUUCUGUAAUAUAUUAUUUUUAAGCACCCUGCACUUAGACACCCACCUGAGUUUCCUAGGCACUGCUGGACCGUCUAACAGUGCCCAGUUCCUGUGCAUCUGCACACCUUUCCAUUGUCUGUGCAUCAAUAGAUCAAUAGCCUCCCCCUUGGAGAAGAGAGUUUGGAAAUUGAUUGACACUGAAACAAUUCAGGGACUGACCGAGGAAUCCGGAAGAUUCAGAGUGUGAAGAAUAGACUGAAUUCUGUACAGUUGUGUUAGUGUCUGUAUGUGACAGAUGUAAAAAAACCCAGACAUGUACUUGAGUUUUUCAAGGGGCUGUUGUCUCUUCUGCUGCUUCCCACCAACAGUGCAACUCUUACUUUUGCGAUGGAGGCCCCUGGGCUAUAGCAUCUCUGUGCAUGAAGGCCACUGCAUGGUUGAUGUCACACACAAAUAUAGCAACUGUAUGUUGUUUUCGAGAAUACUUUUCACCUUCUUUAUCUGCCUUUAUCACAUUUCCAUGAAAUUUAUCAAGUUUAUCCUACAACUAUAGCCCUCUUCAUUCAUUGCUUGUGCAAAGGAGCAACGUGGAUACAAAGGUUUUAUUUUUUUUUGUAGAUUUUCCUUCAGCACAAACAUCUGCAAAGUUCCUUUUAAAAGAAAUGGAAUAAAUGGGAUGUCUGUC